AUGCCAUUUGAUUUUGCUACCUAUCGGGCCAAGUGCGGUGGGCUCACGGCCGAAGAGUUACAAGUAGAAUGGCAAAAUUAUACGCGGCAGCUAUCAACCGGAGCUACUACUACUGCAACUUCAGUGCUGCUUUCACCUGUUACGCACGGCAUCUCGCUCGUCGGCCUCGGAAUCUCGGUUCCCCAGAUUCACAAUGCGCGGAAGAAGCGAGCCAUCAUCGUCGAUACCAUGCAACUACAAGGCGCCGAGCCUCAUACCCGACGGAGAGACAUUAUUUUCCCUUCAGCCAUAUCUGUGGCUACGGCCGCCUUGACCCUCGGAUUCACGCCACACUUUGCCGUGGCCCUGGGAGGAGAGGCUAGUGCAAAGGGAAUCGAAUAUCUCAUUUCCCACGUCGCUCUUGACGUUGUCUGGACUAUCCUAGGCGAAUCUUAUGCCGUCUAUCUUAAGAAAAGAGAGACCCGGAAAGUCAAACGGCAGCAGCAUAGACACCAGCACCGACACUCACUGAAAUAUCAUGCAACUGACAUGGGUGAGAAGAAAAUAUCAGCUAGAAGGGAGCGUACGAGAAGAUUCCCAGCUCAUAGUGACUCAGACACUUCUGACUCUGAAUAUUCUGAUGAUGAUGCAAGAUUUGAGAAAGAGAGUUUGCACGACGACAAGGCACAUCUAUUCGAGUUCAAGCCUCAGGCGGCGCGAGGUAAAACACAUCGCCCGGGACAACGACGAGGGCAUAAUCGGCGGACGGGUCAUCCCGGUCCCGGAAUGAACUCAUACCAUAGCUAUACCUUACCUACAGCUUCCAAUCGUAGAAAACAGGUACAGCGUUCACCAUCUCAACCACCCUCUCAAAGAUCCUACCACUCCAAUAUUUCCGAUGAUAAAAUGUCCCGAUCGGCGCCGAAACUACCCCCACGGCGUUUGUCAAUGGUCGAUAGAGCCAUAAAUAUCAACCCCAUACGUAACCGAAUGGAUUCAGCUCAAGGCUUCACGAGAGCACCUGCCUUAACGAAACAAGUCAUCGAUACUGACUCGGAUAGUGAUGAUGAAGAAGAGAAAGCACUCGAUUCCGAUAGCGAUGAGGAUAGUAAUGGAAGUAGCAGCGAUGAAAACAGCGAUGAUGACAGCGAUGAAGACAGCGAUGUUGACAGUGAUGAAGAGAAGGACGAAGAAUCCAUCAAAGAAAACCGUGAAAGGUGCAAGGUGCAGGUAGACGAGAAAAAUAUGGAGCUUGUCUUAACAAUGGAGGAAGAAAUUGCAUUACUCAAAGCGACAAUUUUGAGAAUGGAAAUGGAAAAACGUGGCAUCGUGGUUGAGCCAAAUGCCGGCAUGGACCCAACUUUUGUUCGGGAAACCUAUGCUAAGCUGAAGGACGGAAUUCCUGCCAUUGACCAGGUAAGAGCGCAGGGCUUAGAAUCAGCUGGACUGAAAAACGCCAAGGAUCUCUCAAUGAAAAGACAAAGUCCUGAAUUCGGCAAUGGCAGCCAUAUUGACACACUUAACAAGUUGCCACCUACUCCGGUAUCUUCAACUCCGUCUCCAUUGCCCAAGAGACGCACGGAAUCUAGACCAGCUGAUGCUAAGACUACGCCGAUCCCAGUAAUUGCAAAACCACCCCCUGAAUACCAGAGCCAAGUCCAUGAAAGCGAGAAGAUUACUUUUCCGCGCUCGCCAUAUAAAACACGACCAGGGCAAAUGCGACGAGAUAGUGGAUACUUCUCCAAUUAUUCUAGCUCGUCUCUCGUCUCUAUUCCGGGCUCCAUACAGCAUGGUCGAAGACAGUCUCUUACAUCAUCCCCUGGAUCUGGAUUUGAGGCAAUGAAGGAAUUUAGCUCACAAGUUGUAAACUCUAGUAAAAUGGAUAAAUUUUCCCUGAAUAUGGAAAGCAAUAAUGCGAGCAAGCUCAAGAUGGCUCCACCCUACGUAUCCACACGACGAAUAUCGCAUCAUCGUGACUCAUCGAACACGCAUGAUGACAAGAGCACUCGCAAUCUAGAAAUGCUAUCACAUAGAAUGGUGGCUCAGAAAAACCAGUCGGCGUUAAAUUCUCCCUCAGUAAGCUGUGAGCUGCCCAAAGAAAAGUGCGCUGAUUGGGAGAUACACCCUGUUAUGUCUCAGCUUGUCAUGUCUCACCACCUUCCCACUCCGCAGGUAGUUGUCAAUGCCGCGACGCGAUCAUGGCGGGCACCAGCUUAA